GGGGCCGCCCCGGGAGGCUGGAGGACCGCGGACCAUAGAGCGGCGGCCGGAGCGGCUCUCUCUGCUCGGCGCGUGGCGGGGAGCGACUUCCGGUUUCCGGUCAGCGCCGGGUGGCUCGUUGCGGAGUCCGGGCAACAUGGCAACGGCGACCACGAAGGUGCCCGAGGUCCGGGACGUGACCCGCAUCGAGCGGAUCGGCGCCCACUCCCACAUCCGGGGCCUGGGCCUGGACGAUGCCCUGGAGCCUAGACAGGUCUCACAGGGCAUGGUCGGCCAGCUGGCCGCCCGCCGCGCCGCUGGCGUCAUCCUGGAGAUGAUCAAGGAGGGGAAGAUCGCGGGCCGGGCUGUCCUCAUCGCCGGCCAGCCGGGCACCGGCAAGACAGCCAUUGCCAUGGGCAUGGCACAAGCGCUGGGGCUGGACACGCCUUUCACUGCCAUCGCCGGCAGCGAGAUCUUCUCCUUGGAGAUGAGCAAGACAGAGGCGCUGACCCAGGCCUUCCGACGCUCCAUCGGCGUGCGCAUCAAGGAGGAGACAGAGAUCAUCGAGGGGGAGGUGGUGGAGAUCCAGAUUGACCGCCCGGCCACCGGCACUGGCGCCAAGGUGGGGAAGCUGACGUUGAAGACCACAGAGAUGGAAACCAUCUACGACCUGGGCACCAAGAUGAUCGAGUCACUGACCAAGGAGAAAGUGCAGGCAGGGGACGUCAUCACCAUCGACAAAGCCACAGGGAAGAUCAGCAAGCUGGGGCGCUCCUUCACCCGGGCGCGGGACUACGACGCCAUGGGCGCCCAGACCAAGUUCGUGCAGUGCCCGGACGGGGAGCUGCAGAAGCGCAAGGAGGUCGUGCACACGGUGUCGCUGCACGAGAUCGACGUCAUCAACAGCCGCACGCAGGGCUUCCUGGCCCUCUUCUCAGGCGACACCGGGGAGAUCAAGGCCGAGGUGCGGGAGCAGAUCAACGCCAAGGUGGCUGAGUGGCGUGAGGAGGGAAAAGCCGAGGUCAUCCCGGGGGUGCUGUUCAUCGACGAGGUUCACAUGCUGGACAUCGAGUGUUUCUCCUUCCUCAACCGGGCGCUGGAGAGCGACAUGGCCCCCGUGCUCAUCAUGGCCACCAACCGCGGCAUCACCAGGAUCCGUGGCACCAGCUACCAGAGCCCCCACGGGAUCCCCAUUGACCUGCUGGACCGGCUGCUGAUCAUCUCCACCACGCCCUACAGCGACAAGGAGACCAAGCAGAUCCUCAAGAUCCGGUGCGAGGAGGAGGACGUGGAGAUGAAUGAAGACGCCUACACGGUGCUGACCCGCAUUGGGCUGGAGACCUCCCUGCGCUACGCCAUGCAGCUCAUCACCGCCGCCAGCCUGGUGUGUCGCAAGAGGAAGGGCACGGAGGUGCAGGUGGAGGACAUCAAGCGGGUGUAUUCCCUGUUCCUGGACGAGUCCCGCUCCACCCAGUACAUGAAGGAGUACCAGGACGCCUUCCUCUUCAACGAGCUGAAGGGAGACACCAUGGACACAUCGUGAUCCUGCCCCCCUGCUGCCCCCCUACUCCCCCCCAAUCCAGCCCUUUACUUGGUUUCUGGUUUUGUAAAAUAAACAUUUUGGAAAAAUC